CUCCCCUUUAUCUUCUGCCGCACGUCUCGAGUAACGGUAGCGAGCUCCAGUGCCAUAGUGACAGUCACAGGACGGCAAUAAUGUUAAUACAAAACAAUGCAUAUCGACCUAAAUCAAAGUAGAAAUAUCUGAGUGGAUGAUUGAUGAUUCAUCCUUACCCAGUGGUCCCGUACACCGUGGUGGCAUCGGGCGCCGCCGAAUCGAUUAAAGUGUCAUCUGGACUCUUUCCGACUUUCCUGAAAAGGUGAAAGCUACAGUCGGCCAGUAUGCAACGAAUAACGGGAAAGGAGAGGGACGAAACCUCAAUCGAGUUGAAGAGCGCGGAGGAUUCACAGACAACAGAUGACCCAGAUGCCCUGACAGCAUUCAGGAUUAUUCUGCACUCAGAUGAAAACAAUGGCCACGGCAUUUAUUUGUCUGACCGCGGGAGUACACUGCCGGGACACACAGAGACAGAUAAGCUACAGCGGAACAGGGACACAGUGUUCUUUAGGGACGGCGUGCGGAGGAUCGAUUUUGUGCUAUCUUACGUAGAAGACAAAGAUGAGAAGAAACCGGAGAGAAGGAGGGAGUUUGAGGCGAACCUCGAGAAAGCAGGGCUUGAACUGGAGACCGAGGACAGACGCGACUCGGACGAUGGCCGGACGUACUUCCUUAAGAUCCACGCUCCUUGGGAGGUUCUGGCCACCUACGCUGAUGUCCUGAAGAUAAAGGUCCCUUUCAAGCUGAGCGAUGUUCCUCACGCCCAGGACGUCCCGCUCGGGUGGCUGUCGCAACCCUUCCGUCUGCCGGAGAAGAUCAUGCGGCCGCAGCCCGACUACUUCACCACGGCCUUUGAUAAGGGAAAGACAGACUUCUUCCUCAUCAACGACAAAGACUCCCUUUUCCCGCCCUCCACCAGGAACAGAAUUGUGUUCUACAUCCUGGCUCGCUGUCCGUAUCAAAAGGAGGAUCGGCAGGAAAAAUACAAGAAGGGGAUCAAGAGAUUACUCAGCAAUGGCACCUACACUGCUGCCUUUCCCCUGCACGACAGUCGCUACUGGAAAGGGGCAACAAAUCAAGAGUGCGAGAGCGAACGCUACAACCUCUACAAGAACUGGGCCCGCUUCCUCGUUUUCUACAAAGAACAGCCUCUCAACCUCAUCCGGAAGUAUUAUGGAGAAAAGAUUGGAAUCUACUUCGCAUGGCUGGGCUUCUACACUGAGAUGCUGUUUUUCGCUGCAGUCAUGGGUGUGAUUUGUUUUGCAUAUGGUUUGCUCAGCUACGACGACAAUAUAUCCAGUAAAGAGAUCUGCGAUCCCAGCAUUGGUGGAAGUAUCGUGAUGUGCCCACUUUGUGAUAAAAAGUGCAGUUUCUGGAAGCUCAACUCUACCUGUCUAUCUUCCUGGCAAUCCCAUCUGUUUGACAACGAGGGGACGGUGUUCUUCGCCAUCUUCAUGGGGAUCUGGGUCACUCUGUUCCUGGAGUUCUGGAAGAGGCGGCAGGCCCGCCUUGAGUACGAGUGGGACCUGGUGGACUUUGAAGAGCAGCAGCAGCAGCUGCAGAUGAGGCCUGAGUUUGAGAUGAAAUGCACUCGCAAGAGGAUGAACCCGAUCACCAAGGAAUCGGAGCCGUAUCUUCCAAUGAGCAGCAAGCUUGCUCGCUUCUGCAUAUCGGGCACCACCGUGCUUUUCUGGAUGUCCCUGAUCGUUGCCUGUAUCAUAGGGGUGAUAGCCUACAGGCUGGCUGUGUUCGCGGCCUUCGCCAGCAUCAUGAAGGACAGCCCCACCAGGAAUAUCCAGCUGGUUGGGAACCUGAUCACUCCACAGCUGGCCACCUCCGUCACCGCCUCCUGCAUCAACUUUGUCAUCAUCAUGAUCCUCAACUUCUUCUACGAGAGGGUGGCCGUUUGGAUCACCGAUAUGGAGAUCCCAAAGACCCACCUGGAAUACGAGAACAAACUGACCAUGAAGAUGUUCUUGUUCCAGUUUGUGAACUACUACUCGUCCUGCUUCUACGUGGCCUUCUUCAAGGGGAAGUUUGUGGGUCACCCUGGAAACUACACGUAUAUGUUUGGCAAGGAGAGCAGACUAAGGAACGAAGAGUGUGACCCAGGGGGCUGUCUGAUUGAGUUGACCACCCAGCUGGUCAUUGUCAUGGUGGGAAAGCAGCUGUGGGGAAACAUCCAGGAAGCACUGCUGCCGCUGAUGCGCAACUGGUGGGGCAGCCGUAAGGGGAGGCAUCAGCCUGAGAACCAGUACAGCCGCUGGGAGCAGGACAACGACCUGCUGAACUUCACCCAGCUGGGCUUGUUCUAUGAGUACCUGGAGAUGGUGGUUCAGUUUGGUUUCAUCACCCUGUUCGUGGCCUCCUUCCCCCUGGCUCCUCUGCUGGCCCUCUGCAACAACAUCCUGGAGAUCCGCGUAGACGCCUGGAAGUUCACCACCCAGUUCAGAAGGCCCGUGGCCUCCAAGGCUCGUAACAUCGGAGCCUGGCAGGAGAUCCUCAAUGUCGUGGCCAUCUUGUCAGUCGUCACCAAUGCGUUCAUCGUGGCCUUCACGUCGGACAUGAUCCCGCGCCUGGUCUAUCUGUACUCCACCCACAACGAGGACGAGCUCACCAUGCGCGGCUACGUCAACAACAGCCUCUCCGUCUACAGCAUCUCCCAUUUCCCCCUGGACAGCAUGCCCGAGGACGGGGACAGCCCCUCCUGGUAUUCCAACUCCUCCAUCACCACCUGCAGGUAUCGUGACUACCGCUACCCACCUGGCCACCAGAAGCAGUAUAAUCAUACCAUGCAGUUCUGGCACAUCCUUGCAGCCAAAAUGGCCUUCAUCAUCAUCAUGGAGCACGUGGUCUUCGUUGUGAAAUUCUUUGUGGCGUGGAUGAUCCCGGACGUGCCGUCGGAGGUGAAGGCUCGGAUCAAGCGGGAGCGCUACCUGAUCCAGGAGUACCUGCACAACUACGAGGUGGAGAAGCUCAAGCUGCAGCUCUGCCUGUCCAAUUUCCCUGUCCCCGCCAGCGCAACCCACACGUGCAACGCGACCAGCACCGCCAACACAACCAUGACCAACAUGGACGCCUGCUCAGAGCUGUGCACCGAAGUGCUCUGUCCCCUGGACACAGACGAGACGAAGGCUGAGUGCCCGAGCCCCUCUCCCUCUCUCCCUGGUUGGAACUCCACACUAGAAUCAAGAGACAUGGCGGGGGACGCGACAGCCUAACAGAGGAUAAUGCUGCCCAGGGGGGCCUCUAAGGGGCUUGCACACUGCCCCAACAAACACCAACCUUUAACUGUAAUGCCGACGUGCGCCAUCAGCGAUUCUAAAAGUUUGUCAACAACAAACCUAGGCCCAAUCCCAUUUCUACCCCUUACCCCUUC